AUGAGCGUCUAUGAAGAUAUUCUUAGAGAACAAGUCAAACAAGGUAACAUGGGAGGAACGAAAGGACCAUUAGGAUAUUUAACUCAAAAGGAAAAUGCAACAAAGUUAACAAAAUCCUCAUCAAAACCAAAAGAAGAGGGUUACCAUUGGAUUAAAAUUAAAUUGGUUCAUGGUAUUGUGUAUGAAGCAACUGAUGGAAAUGGAUUAAGUGAUCCAUUUGUUAAAUUUGGUCGUCUCAACCCAACUCUUUUUGAAGGUAAAUACUUGUUUGAAUCACCAGUUGAAAAAAAGACUCUUACACCAAUGUGGGAAUGGACAUCAGAAUCCAAGGAAUUACAAAUCGCUGGAAAGCAUCGUUAUUUGAUUGUAGAAAUGUGGGAUAGAGAUUUACUUUCAAGAAAUGAUUUCAUUGGUGGCAACACAAUCGAUCUCACUCAAUUCUGUAAACCAGAGCGUCUUGGUCUUGGACCCAUCACCUCCAACUUUACAAUGUACAAGGACUUUGAUGAAACCACCAAAACUGGAAAGGCUGCUGGAGAGGUUGAACUCCAAUUCUUUGUUACCUUUGGUCCCUCUAAAGCUUUCUCAUCUCCUUUAAAUUAA